GCCCCAUCUUGCUAAUGGAGAUCACGUGACUACUAAGUCAACAGAUAGGGGUCAGCGAGGGCGGACCUAUGCAGCAGAAUCCCACGUGAUCCAACACAAUGUAUAAUGGAGGUGUAUCGUUGGUUGGUGACUAGCUAGAUAGGCCUACGUGGUGAAAAGGGUCAGCGAGGGCGGACCUAUGCGGCAGAAUCCCACGUGAUCCAACAAUGUAGUUGGUGGUCACCUGACAUGCUCGCUCUACGCGCUGCAUCAUCAAUUCUCACCAGCAGUGCUUGGUCACGGUCUGAAUAUCAUCGAUGGUGGAAUCAGGUUUCCGUUGAACAGCUCCUGGACUGCUGCAGCUUCUACAAAGUGAACGGAAACUGGAUUCCUGCAGCCUUCAGCCAUGUCUCAAUGCAGACAGCUUCCCCGUCUCUUCCCCCGGGGGACAAAGCCCUCCAUCGAUGAAUUCCGCGAGCUAUGUCGUCGUCUCACUUCGCCGACGACCUAUCCGCGGGCCACGGCAAUCCAACACAACAUCCCCAUCUACGACCUUUCGACGACAGCAAACCCUUCCGAAGCGCUCUCCCGAGACCUGCAGGAUGAAUGGCAUCACAUCCUCUAUGCCGGCCCCGGCAUUGUCGUGUUAAAGGGCAUGUACUCCCCGCAGCGCUACGGGACAAUCCUGGAAUUGACAAACGCCGCAUUCCAGCGCAUCGUCGACCGCGAGAACGCCCAGUCUUCAAAGAGAGGGGACCAUUUUGCCGCGGCCGGGUCCAAUGAUCGCAUCUGGAACUCCUUCAGCAAGCACGCGUUAGAGGACGCCCAUUCCUUUGUGGAGUACUACUCCAACCCGUGGCUGGCGCUGGUGUGCGAAGCCUGGCUGGGGCCGGGAUACCGCGUGACGGCGCAGAUGAACGCUGUGAAACCUGGGGGUGCGGCGCAGAACCCUCAUCGGGAUUACCAUCUCGGCUUCCAGGAUUCCAAUGCCUGUGCACGAUUCCCCCUGGCGACACAGAUAGCCAGCCAGCUACUGACGCUGCAGGGCGCUGUGGCGCACACCAACAUGCCGAUCGAUAGUGGUCCGACCAGAUUCCUCCCAUUCAGCCAGCUAUUCGAGUCCGGGUAUCUCGCGUACCGUCUGAAGGAAUUCCAGGACUUCUUCCAGGAACACUACGUCGCUCUUCCCCUGGAAUUAGGAGAUGCAGUUUUCUUUAAUCCGGCGCUUUUCCACGCUGCCGGUGCCAAUAGUACGAGGGACUUUUCGCGCAAGGCGAAUCUGCUACAGAUCAGCAGCGCAUUUGGGAAGCCCAUGGAGAGCAUCGACACGUUGCCCCUUGUCAAGCAUACAUGGGAUGUCCUGACGGCGAAAUAUGGUGCGGAAGGGCUCAGCACGGGGGUUAAAGCGUUCAUCAGUGCCAUUGGAGAGGGGUAUCCGUUUCCCACAAAUUUGGAUAACAGACCCCCGGCUCCGAAUGGGAUGGCGCCCUCAAGCGAGCAGGAUGUUAUCCUCCAGGCGUUGAAGGAGGGCUGGGACCGCGAGAGGGUUGUCGGAGAGCUGAAGAAGAUGCGGCGGGAUUCAGCAGCUUAAUUUAGUUUGUUGAUAUCAUCAUCGUCCUCGUAAAGCAUGCAUCAUGUAUAAAUCCAUCCAACAAAAAUAGUACACCAACGAAUCAAUUGAUGAACAUCAUCAGGAUGAAACAUCAAAGCCCGAACCUCAAUACUCUCGCUGUGCGGAACGGCACCGCCCUCAAACUCCCCAUCCACAAACGCAGAACGCGUGCGAUUGUAGCGUACCAAGACUAACCGCCCCCUAUCGCUAUCAGGGGCAGGGAAGAGAAGCUUCGACAACGUGAGAAUCAGGAAUGGGUGAAUUAAUUUUACCAAACAUGUCUCAAGAUCUCAAAUGCAUCCGAAUCUUUGAGAUUGCAGCAUGACUUUGAGCCAGAGGCUAGUCCAGUUGGGAAUACCCAUAUGUUGGAGGUGGUGCAUACGCUCCACAGUGCAUUAGAGUGGUACUAGGUAGAAAGCUCAGGCUUGUGAC